UACAUCCCUGUUUCUUGUAUCGAGUGUGGAAUUCGAACGGGGGUCCCCGCGAAACAACCGCGACGGAGGUGGAUACGAUCCAGUUUAACUUUCAUUCGAUUAGGAAAAUAUUUUCCAGCUGAAAUUACGUGGAAAAAUCUCAGCUCGUUAAAAAUAUUUUCCCAACGUGGGUGUUUUAGUCCGAAGCGACCAACAUCGUUCGCUGAUGGGAAAAGUAAACAGAGAACUCGAACGGAAGCAUGCAAUUAGACCUUGGUAAUCGCUUAUUGGCUGCUUCUCCGUCGAGAGCUGGUAAGGAAGUUUGGAGCGAGGAUGUUCGACAAUGUGAAAAACUCACGAGCGAUCCUCGUCGCUGUGGUCUACCUGAGCCUCUUCCUGGAUAAUGUCUUACUCACGGUUGUUGUGCCAAUUAUUCCCGAUUACCUCUGCACCAUCGACGAAAACUCGACGACGAACGACGCAAACGAUGAAAACGGCCGCGUGGGAUUAUUGCUGAGCUCGAAGGCCCUGGUACAAUUAAUACUAAAUCCAGCCGUGGGCACUCUAACCGGCACCCUGGGAUACACCAAGCCAUUGUUCCUCGGGAAUUUAAGUCUCCUGCUGGCGGCGAUGCUGUUCGCGUUUGGACAAACGUACGAGAUCCUCUUCCUGGCGCGAAGCGUCCAAGGCAUAUCCUCCGCGUGCAUAGGAGUUUCCGGGAUGUCGCUGGUAGCCUCCCAAUACCCGGAAGAGGACAAGAGGUCGAAGAUCAUGGGCUUCGUGUUGGGAAGCAUCGCGUUGGGCGUUCUCGUGGGAUACCCGAUUGGUUCUGUGCUGUACGACCUCGAGGGAAAAAUGGCACCUUUCCUGCUGGUGUCUUGCUUCAUCGUCGUUGCCAUAUGUCUACAAGUCUUGUCACUGGACAUCGAGACCAAGGUUGAGGCUAGAAAAGAAGAAACGUCUUGGACGCACCUGCUCUCCGAUCCUCACAUACUCAUCAUCUUCGGGGCCAUAUGGUGUUCGACGUCUCCGAUGGCAAUCUUGGAGUCCUGCUUGCCAAUAUGGCUGCAAAAACGCAUCAAGCCCAAGAAAUGGCAGCUGGGAACAGUGUUCCUUCCAGACAGCGUUGGGUACCUGGUUGGGACCAAUUUCUUCAGCAUGAUCGCUUAUCGCUACGGGCGAAGCAAGAUCGCGGUUCUGGCCAUGCUGGUCGUUGGCACCAGCGCCAUUUUCAUUCCCUUGGCUAGUACCAUGUCGCAGCUGAUAAUCCCUCAUUUGGGAAUAGGUUUGGGCAUCGGCGUAGCCGACGCCGCUCUGGUACCGCUGUUGGCCAGCCUGGUGGACCAAAAUGGCGACUAUGGGCCCGUUUAUUCCAUUCAGCAGGUGGCUGUCAGUCUGGCUUACUCGCUUGGGCCAAUCGUGGGAGGCGAGUUGGUGAAGGCGAUCGGGUUUCAAUGGGUCAUGGGUAUCGUGGGGCUUGUAAACAUUGGCUAUUGUCCACUGUUAAUAUACCUAGCCCUGGAAAGGAGAAAGCUACUAACCCAGGAUGACAAAAAGAGGGACUACGAGACCUUCCAAAAAUCGGUGGCAAAGUACGAACGAUUUCAGGAUUCCGACGACGAUCUUUGAUCGCUCGCCACACCUCGACCUCGAUAUAAUCAAGAAUACUGUUUUGUAGUUGUUUCGACGCCAUAUUUGUGUAAAUUAAUCGAUAAUUUUUAACAUAUACAAUUUCGAGGGAAAACAUCGUCUUUUAAAUUAAACUGGAUUUCCCAAGAGACUGCUUAGGAUAAUAAAUAUAAGAAAGUAAAUAAAAUAUCUUACAAACAUUUAAAAUUAA